AGCAGAAGCAAGUGCACCAGAUCUUUCACCGUUCGCCUGUGCCUUUUUAUCUAUAGUAUUUAAUCCUCUAGGUUAAAAUGGUUUAACUUAACUUGUCAAUUAUAUGCAAUUUUAUUUUAAAUGCUGUUAAAAAUACAGCUGAGCUCAAGUAAUGGCACUGUCACAGGUUCAGUGCCUUGAUGACAAUCACAUCAACUUGCGCACCAACGAGUCCAAGCCGGAGUUCUUCUACAGCGAGGAGCAGAGACUCGCACUGGAAACGCUCAUACAUGACGGAAAGGACGCCUUUGAGGACUACAUUAAAACAAACAACAUCCGCUGCUUUCUUUCGGACCUUGAACUUGAGAGGAUUCUCAACACUGUGGAGGUGUAUAGUCCGGGUUCCCCUGAAUAUACCGCUGAACUGCUCGGGGAAAGUGAUGGGGAAGAGAUUUCCCUUCAGUACUGGCCUGACCGCUCGGACCGCUCGAUCCCACAGCUGGACAUCGGGUGGCCGGACCGGGCAUCCUACCGCGGAAUGACUCGUGUUCAAGUGUACACUCAACCCCCUUAUGAUGGUCAGUCGCAUAUUAAAGAGGUCGUUAGAAAAAUGAUCUCCCAAGCACAAAAGGUUAUUGCAAUUGUCAUGGACUUGUUCACAGAUAUUGACAUCUUCAAAGAUGUCCUGGAUGUAAGCUACAAGCGGAAAGUUUCUGUGUAUAUUAUGUUGGAUAGCACCGGAGUGAAGCACUUCCUGAGAAUGUGUGAGAAAGCAGGAAUGCACACUGGACACCUCAAGAACUUGAGAGUGCGCAGCAUCAGAGGGGUAGAAUUUUUCAGUCGAUCCUCAAAGAGAGUGUUUGGCAGCCAAAGCCAGAAGUUCAUGUUUAUUGAUGGUGACAAAGCAGUCUCAGGGUCAUAUAGCUUCACAUGGUCUGCCUCUAGACUGGACAGAAAUAUCAUCACGGUUCUCACUGGCCAAGCAGUCGACACGUUUGACUUAUUGUUUCAGGACAUGUAUAUGAUAUCUAAUAGAGUGUGUCUGAGCAAGAUUAAUCUGAGCAGUGAGCCUGAACCUGAGUUCCUCCCUCAAGUGGUACCCACUGUAUUUCCCUCAGCCACCACAGCACUCAAGCUCAUUAACCCAAAAUACUCUCUAGUCACUAACUGCGCUUUCAAAGCCAACGGACCCGUACAUGACCAGACAAGUGCCAAGAACAACACUUUCAAGAAUCAGACGGAAGACAUCAAACUAAUUAGAGAAACACCAGCGGUGCCACCGGUUCACCCGGGACUGCUUAACCUGCAAAAGGCGAACAUGAUCAAUUAUGUGCCAACCUGGCCCGAUCCAGAACCGCCGAGGGAUGUCAUUGGUUUCAUUAACAUAAGAGACUACAAGAAGCCAUUGCAAGCUCACCUAAUGCGUUCAGAACUCUUUGAAGUGUCUCAAGCCAUCCGAUUCAAGGAUCCUUUUCGUGAGCCGAAGGAGUCUUUAUCUCUCAGGGCUUGUCCUGGACCCAUAUCCCGAACUCCCUCUAAUUCUAAAGCUCCAGCUCAGAAGCAAACAUCAGGUGAAGUGAAGAAGUAUUUUGAUCAAAAUCAACAUCAAAGCAGCAGCCGGAGUGAGAAUCUUAUCUCGACUUUGGAGAAGCCGGAAACAAGGCAUGUGCUUGCCUGUAACAAAGUAAAUAAGGAGCAAAUAUGUGUGAUGGAAAAAGAGCUGAGAAAAAACAUUAAUGCAGGAAAAUACUUUUCCAAUACAAUUUCAUCUUUCUCUCAAGAUGAUACAGAUACAAAGCAAGGUGUGGAUACUCUGCAACCUUUGAAAUGGCCUGCUCAAACCUCAGAUGACCUUAACUUGAAAUCUUCAUCAGCUUUGUCCAACAAAAGUCAUCAUGUCUUAACCAUAGACACUCCUUCUGUUAAGCAAAGCCAAGAUGACCAAGUCAGAAAUAAUGUUGCUGCACAAGGCUGCAGCGAUACAAAACCAGACACAAACCAAAACGGCUGGAAUGAUGCACAGACGUCUAACUGCGACUCCAGCAUCUCUUCAUUGUCUGAUGAAUACUAUGAGUGUAUCAGCCCAGGGUUUGUAGAAGAUGUCUUUGUGCCUGAAAAGGCACUGGAUAAUUCAAUCCAAAACAGUCAACAAAAGCAAGCGGUGUCUUGUUCAAAUUCAUCCCUAGCUCCAGACAGUACAGAUUUGGAUAACAAACAGACGUUGCUUAUUCCAAAACUUUUAAAAACAUCUUGCAGCAUUGUUUUCAAUUUCUUAUCUGCAGACAAACUACCAGUCAAAGAUAGCGAAACCUCCUCUUUCUCACAGACUCCUAAUGGUUGCUUCAACCUCUCUUCAACUUCAGAGGAAUACUUUGAGUGCAGUAAUACAGUGGAAUCGAAGUCAGAGAUUGAUGGUAUAGAUCAUGAAGUAGAGACGUUAAGCUCAAAUGAACAACAAGUACUGAAGCCUGGGCUGAGCACUCAGAACCUGAAAGAAAAUGAUGAACCUAUAGUGCAUUCAGGACAGGAGCAGCCCAAAUUUCAACACAUACUAGAGAUGACAGCUGACAGUCGCCAGGCUGAAGAUAAAACCCAAAAUGGGCUGGAUGAGAAAGUUCACAGACAAGUACAAGAGUCUGAAGUUACAUCAGAGCCAGUAGAGAGCAAAUCGAAGAGUAACUCUUUGCAAGAACAUGAGAUAAGUGCAUCUCUGAAGGUUUUAGAAGUACAGUCCAAGGAAGAGUCUGUAGAAUUAACCAAGAAAGCUGAAGCGCCAAUGCAGGACUUACAACUUGAGGUAAGUCCAGAUUUAGCGUGUGAGCAACCUGAAAAAGAGCCACUACAGAACAUGCAACCUGAAGAAAGUCUGGACUUAUUAUGUGAGGAAACGUCUGCACUGUUAGCUGAGAAAGAUUCAAAACCACAACUACAGGACUCUCAAGUAAGUCAAGAUGUAAAGUGUGAGGCACAAUCUGUGACGUUAGCUGAGAAAACUGCAAAAGCACCACUGCAGGACUUACAACCUGAGGUAAGUCUGGACUCAAUAUGUAAGGGACAAUCUGUCCAGUUAUCUGAGACUACUACUAAACCACCACUACAGGACUCAAAGUCUGGGGAAAGUCCAAAUUUAGAUGUGAAUGCUGUCCCACAGUCUGCAACAGACUGUGAAUUUGGGAGCUCAAUACUGCAGGAUAAAGCAGAUAUAACUCCAGAGAUGACCAAGGUAACAAAGUCCAUAGAGUUACCCAAGAGUGAUGAACUGCAAAACCCAUUGACGGAUUUAGAUUCUGGAUCAAAACUGAAAUCUCAAGAGCAUAUGAAUGAGCAGUUAAAACUGCAGAAUGAUGAGGCCAGUCCAGCUGUGUUAAAGAAGCACAAUCCUCAAGAGAAACUUCCUGAACAGUUUGAACCCAUUAAACUGCUGAUAUUAGAGGAUUCCAACUCCCAAGAGACAGAGCUGAACCAUUCUGAUCCUGUAAGACCAAGUGCUGCACUGAGAAAAGAAACAAAAAUGAGCAAACCUGAGCCUACAGAACCAAAGACUAUAAAUGAUAGAAAAUCUAAAGAGAAUAAGCAUGACGUUUACAGUAGGCAUAGAAAGGAAACAUGUCACCCGACAGCUCUGAUUGAUGACAAACGAGAAGGAGAACAUAUUUAUACAAAUCAGAUGAACAAGAACUUGCCUGAGGUGAAAACCAAGCUGGAAUGUCAGGUUAGGAAGCAACAACAUCAAGCAUCAUCCAGAAUUCCUGUUCAAGCCAGAGGAGGGUCAACUAAGUUACCCAUCAGCAAAGCAGACACUAGCAGUCGCUCAUUGGAGGUUCGAGUUUCUAAAACUGGCAUGCAUAGAUACCCACUUGGAAAACCGCUGGGGCAACAUAAGCCUAGCAUUACAUCAUCUUCUCCAUCUCCUGAAAAACUGUCCUCAUUAGGAGUUGCUCCAGUUAAGUCAUCACAAAAACCCCCUUGCAUAGUACCUGCACCAAAAAGUCCCACCUCUCUCUUAAAACUGCAGCAGGUUCAGCUGAUUGCACCUAAGAUCAAGCAGUCAGACCAUGCAAACGUUUCCAGGAAACGUGUUGCAUCUAUAACAAAGUAUAGUUGCUCUUCUGGAAUUUCCUGCCCAGCACAAGGAAAGAAGCAGGCGAUUAAAGGGUUUACGCCAAGCAAGUAGAAUAAAGCAACAAACUGUUGUAUACCGAUUUCAUGAAUGUAAUGAUGUGCAAUAGAAAACAAAAUGUUAAAGGUCUCUGGGUUAUUUUAGUAAGUAGUAUUUUUAUUGAAUUACAUGAGUUGAUGUCACAUAAAGCUAUGCUUUAUUUAUUCCAUUUAGCCAGCAGGAAGUUACAAUAAGAAUUUCCCAAUACAAAUAGGUUUUUCUAAACGUAGCAGUAAAUUUAAUCAGCUUUAUCAUUGUCCUUAAAGCUGUUAAUUAUGUAAAUCAUUUAUUUUCCCAUUCAGUUUGAUGUAAAUGAUCAGUUAUGGGAAUAUUAAAUCAUCACAGUUCACCAUUUGCAUAACACAUUUUUUCCUGAUUCUUUUAUGGGUUGACUUUGGCUAAAUGGUAUACUAAAUGAAACACUGGACAUGUGUGCUGUCCACACAUUUAGAUUAAGGUCAUAAACUGAUUUUUUUUUCUCCAAACUCCAUAGAAACUCCUAGA